UGUUACACCUCCCCUGAGCAAUGGAGGAGCCCCAAGGACACACGUGGUUUGGGUUUCACAUUGAGAGCUGUGCUCACUGUCAGUGUUUCUCAGAGCAGCCUGUGUUGUGUGUGUGUGUGUGUGUGUGUGUGUGUGAGAGAGAGACACUGUGUGACAUCAGUGUGUGUCACUGAGUGUGUGGCCAGUUUAUAUCAACUGUGUUCAGUGUGCGAGGACAGUGUGUAUCACCGAGCGUGUCCAGCGUGUGAUCGGUGGGAAGACCCGUGGAGAGGAUGCUGCCCCCCGUCCUGCUCCUGCUGCUGCUCAGCUGCUCUCCAGGCCACCAGGAGGCUGUGGAUGAGCUCCUGAGGAGCCUCACCGACGGCCUCUCCUUCUUCCAGAACCACUUCACACACCUGAACCUGGACGGUGUCUUCGGAUACAUUCUCCUUCAUGCGCAGCUCAGGGGGGUCGUCCAGAUGUGGCAGGACACGGAGCUGGCGGGGGACCCUCAGAUACUCGCAGCUGCAGGCCUGGCCGCCCGCCUUGAGGAGAGCCUGCCGGAGGCGCUGCGGGCGCUGCAGGACACUGAGCCCAAGUACUUCAGAGAGUUCGAACCCUUGAUGGAGGCGGCUUUCUGGUCCGUCCCCAACGAGUGGAGCACCACGGACCCGGAUCUGGCCUACUCCGCCUUCCGAGCCACCGAGUGUUACGACGAGCAGCUCAGCGACAAGUGCAUCACCCUGCUCCUGGGAACGUGGAAAGACAACGGUACUCCGUGCAUUGUGACCAAGUCCUGCAGGGACAUGAUGACGCGGUUCGGAUGCCCCCACUACUCCUUGUCCCACCAGUUGCUCUACUUCCUAACUGGCAAAAUGAGAGGAUGUUCUAACAUCCUGCUUGGUGAGAAGAGGGAGUCGCGUGUGAACCUCACCGACCAGGACUACCGCAAGAUCUUCUGCUCAAACAUGAUGAAGAGCAACAAGGAGAUACUGAGCAACGGCUUCCCACACCAAACCCGGGACAUCUUCAUAGAAAACAUAAUGCUGUGUGGCAUCGCCGGCUUCGCCGACUUCUACAACGCAGACUGGCUGCGGCACAUCCUUCUGUGGCAGGACCCCGGUGUGGGCUGUUUCGGCAAAGACGAGGAGGACAUCUCCCGAGGCCUCAGCAAGGAGCUGCUGGAGACACUGCAGCUUCGCAGAAGGGUGAAGAGGAGAGAAAAAACACUACAAGAUGGCUGUUCGAGUCACAUGACGGGCGUGGCGGUGAGCGCACUCGGAGGAUACCUGCAUCACUACCUGGCAGAGCAGGACAUCACCAAAAGGCCCCUCCCUUAAAGAAAACACGGGCGAUGCUCACAUUCCAAACUCUGUUAUCCUCCUGUACAUCUGCAUGCGCAACCAUGCUUAGAAAUGAUCGUCAUAAAUAGCCAUUUGUGUCACUUGUGCAAAACCUGUACAAAAAAUAAUUAGAAAUAUAAGAAGCUCAUUUCUACUGUGUUUUUUUCGGAAAACGGCACCACAUCAGUCGAGGUACCGUGCAGACCCGUCUCCGUUUUCGUCGAAGAGAGGGAUGCCGUUGUUUGGAGCGUCCAUGAUGAAAAACACGUGGAGCGGACGGCUCUUGAACCCGCGUCCCCUGGGGAGGUAAUGAGUGCGCAGCCGUUGCGAAAGGUAUGUGGAGCCCUGGUGCCGCUGAGCAAAGCGCAAACAACUCUGUGCGUGUUUGGUGGGCAAGUCGUG